CUUUAUCAUUGAACGCUGAAACGCUAUUUUAUACAGUUUAUAACAUCUAUGUUGCUGGACGAAUUGGACAGGCCGCUAGACGAUGUCGUAGUUGUCGAUCGUUUGGCUAUCGCCGACUACAACGAACCCAACAUUCUGCCUCAAGAUGAGGCUACUUUGAAGAAUGUGCGAGCCUGGCUCAGACCUACCAAGUAUGAAGGCGAUGGCAGUGAACUGAACAAGCAUACCAGCUCCUAUUUGGAGGGUACUAGCCAGUGGCUUCUUGUUUCACCUAUUUUCCAACAAUGGCAUGACGGUCGCGAUGAUGGAAUUCUGUGGAUUCGUGGUGUUCCUGGCACCGGCAAAUCUGUGCUUGCCUCGAGACUCAUCCAUCAUCUAUCAUCCGAAGAAUGCCCAGUUCUGUACUUUUUCUUCCGGCAUACCAUCCAAUCCAACCAUCGCCCCGAAUCUGCCCUCCGCGACUGGCUUGCUCAAGUCUUGCCCUUCAGUCCUCAUCUGCAACUCGCAUUGAUGAAUCUGACAUCAGAGCCCAUCAAUCUUGAUUUUGUGGACGAUCUGUCCUUGGUUGAGCUUUGGCACCUCGUUCGACUUGCGUUGAAAAAUAUGCCCAAAGUUUAUUGUGUUGUUGAUGCCCUGGAUGAGAUGGACAGCGAUGCCUUGGAACAUUUCUUGCAGUUGAUCGAUCAACUCGGAAAUAUGCACCCUGAUAGAGUCAAACUCAUUAUUACGAGCCGACCCAUUGCCACGAUUGAGAAGAUCGUGCGAAACCUACGGCUGUUGGACAUUCGUGUCGACAAGAAAGCCAUUAACCCGGAUAUUUCUACCUAUCUUCAGCACAGACUUGCCAGCUCUAAGCUGUCACCCGAAACAAAGGAUGCAAUCAAGAACAUAGCCCUCGAGAAAGCGGAUGGGCUGUUUCUCUAUGCCAAGUUGACAAUGGAUAAGAUCGCCGGACUCGACCAUGAAACCGAAACGGAAAUCCUCCAGACCCUUGAAAGAAUGCCCGUCAGCCUAUCUUUCAUAUAUGGACACCUCCUCAGGGAGCAUAUGGGUCGCACUGGACUGCCUAAAGGACUACAAAUGCUCGUAUUGCAACUUGUAACCCACGCAACUCGACCCUUGCGACUGCUCGAGAUAUCUGACUGCAUCAGAGUGACUCAGCCUCAAUAUGGUCAAGACGCCGGAACUAUCAAGAGCCAUGUGCGCACCUGUUGCGGGCCACUGCUAGAGGUACUUCCUGACGAAACUGUUCGCGUUGUUCAUCACUCUCUGACUGAGUAUCUCUUUGGACUUACUCGCUCAUCGGCUGAUGAAGACAUUCCCGUUUUUGAGCCUGGCCCGACACACGACCUUGUCGCAAACCUCUGUCUCUCGUAUCUCCAAGCAGGGCACCUAGACAAUAUUACUUUCGUGGAAAAUAGCACUUUCUUCCGAAGAACUGUCUUAGCGAAACAAGAAUUCCCGCCUUUCAUGAACUACGCGGUGAAUAACUGGCAUACUCACGCUAAGAAGGCCACUAGACGACAAUUUCCACAGGAGAAAACGAAUGAGAAAGCCUUCUCACUGCUGAUGACUCCGGAAUCUGCUUGGCGACUUACAGCGCUGGCAGAGCAGACUCACACGAGAAGUUGGCAUCCUGGGCAUCCUGGGUUGUCUGGGUAUCCUUGGGUUCGAGAUGAGAAGAUGUCGCUUGAAACUGAGGUGCUACUUUUCUCGAUGCGAUUGGGCUUGACCAAUUUUAUUGAGAAUUUUCUUGAACGCUGUGGGGAAGAAGCAGUCAACUAUAGUGGAACUAAGAUGAUUCAGCCUCCAUUGCAUCAAGCGGUGGAGAAGCGAAUGCUGGAAAUUAUCCACCUCCUUGUUAAGCACGGGGCCGAGCUGGACCAGCAUGAUUACCAAGGAGACACACCACUUUACGUGGCACUCGGCGGCCAGAGUUCCAGAACAAAAGGUGCAUCACAGCCCGCCAUUGUUGAGAGCCUCCUCAAAGCGGGCGCUGACCCGUGGAAGACACAAGAGAGAAACAAGAGGCGGUCACACAUGAUAGGGAUAUCCGAGGAAUCACACAUAUCAUAUAAACCAAUUAGGAUGGCCUUCAGCACCUGCGACGAUACAAUUGCAAAACUGUUCAUACCGUAUGUCAAGACUACGGAGACUGCGAACGAGGCUUUAAGUUGGGUUAUGGAGGGCUCCAGGAACAUAAAGGUCAUGCGUCUAAUCCUUGAUCUUGGCCUGGUGGCCAUCAAUGCCUGUGCUGAUGGCCCAACCUUUUUAUUCUUGGCGUGCAAGCAUGGUGACCCCAAGGCAGUAUCUAUACUAUUGGAAGCUGGUGCAGAUCCGAACACCUGCCAUUUUCGCAACAGUGGUUCUGGCAACAGUGAUUCUGGCAAGUUUGAGCUCGUGCCUGAUACCUUGUAUGUCCACACAGAACCUAGUGGUUCUGGCAAAGAAAUGGCAGGGCCUAAUGUUAUGCAUGCUUUGGCAGAUCUAACUUUGAUGGACCCGCAAACACAUAUUCGUCAUGCUGCGGCUGAUGAAGUCGUCACAGAGUGCUUCAAAUUAGUUCUUGAUGCCGGUGCCGAUGUCAACUAUGUCGAUAGCGAAGGGAACACGCCGCUUCACGUGGCAAAGACUUCGCUAAUGGCGCAGCUUCUACUUGAUUCUGGAGCAGACCCUAAUGCGAUAAAUUCUCGCAAUAACACGCCGCUUCAUGUUGCGCACACCUUUGAUGUGAUGAAGGUGAUAGCCAGCAAGACAGAUAUCAACACCACAGAUCAAGAUGGCAGUACCAUGUUACUGAAGAUGUUGAAUACGAAGUCUGGCAGCUCAAAAUAUGAAAUAUCACACCCCCUUCAACUUCUAGAUCUUGGGCCCGACGUUCAUAUUGUCGACAAUGAGGGUAACAGCGUCUUGCAUUAUCUGGCCACGCAUGAGCAAAUGACCAGUCCUGAAGGCCAACAGAUGCUGGAAAGAUUGAUGCAAGGUGGUUUUAACCCAAAUCUACGAAACAAGCAGGGUCAGACUGCUCUUCACAAGCUGGUGUCCAAGUGUUGUCGUUUGGGAAAGCCGUCGGUCACCACCCUGAGGACAUUCAAUGAGCUGACGAAGUCUGAUCUUAACGCUGUGGAUGAUAAAGGUCAGACACCGCUCUUCAGCACUCUUGAUAAGUUUCGCGCCAUGCGAGAGCCCGUUGGGGAUGAGUUUAUACAUUUUAUGGCCGAGGUAGGGGCACGCUUCGAUGUCACGGACAAGCGAGGGCGGACAUUGCUACAUCCUGCAGUUAGAAACUGUUGUGGUCGACAGUCCGAAGCUGAUCUUGACGUGUUAUGCCUUCUCAUUGAACUUGGAGCUGAUCCUCAGGGGACCGAUAUCGAGGGAAACACUGCCUGGCAUGAAGCAGUGCCUAAGUUUUCUUAUUGGUCGCUUUCACUGCAAUGUCUUCAGAAGAUCACAGCUUUGGGUAUGGAUCCGAAAAAGGCCAACAUGGAGGGAAGAACGCCGUUUCACAUCGCCUGCGAGUAUAAUCAGCGAAACCUAUCGAAGAAUAAGUUGUUUGAAUACCUGCUGGAGCAGGUCGGAGACAUUGAUGUCAAGGACUUUAACGGGGCUACUGCCCUUCAUACCACGGCAACUUACUCCAGCGAGUUUACUCUGAGACUUUUGGAAGCCGGUGCUGAUGCGACACUGGUCACAAAUGAAGGAUUGAACGUCUUUCAUCUUGCAGCCCGAUGCCGAGGGAGCAAUGUCAUUGGCCUUCUUUUGGAAUGGCUCACGGCCAACACCAACAACGAAGAGAUACAACGGCUUGUCAACCUCAAGGAUAAGCGUGGUCGGGCCCCUCUGUACUACGCUUGCGCCGCUGGCAGUUACCAGUCCGUUGAGCUUCUUAUUAGUGCUGGCGCAGUCGUUGAGAUGGAGACGUACGAUGGUUCUGCAUUGAACGGCUGCGUUGACUAUGUGCAAGAGGAAGCAAGUUGGCGGAGGAGUUCGGACGCUGAUUCCGGUGGUGUGUUUAUUGAUGAUGCAAGACGGCCGUCAUAUAUUGGGGGAAGAAUUGAGACAACUUUGGACCUUGUAAUUGGCAACGCAGCAGCACCCAAAUGGCAUCUUCUCGAUAUGGCGGUUGCCGCGGCUGUCGAAGUGGCCACAACUACCGAACUACAAUUUGCUGAACAGCGCCAAUCUGCUACUCAUCCAGACCAUGAUAUAACCGUGGAGUGCCUCAUGCGAGCGAGGAAGUCUUUAGGUGUUGAAAAUGAGUUGCCCUGCGCAGCUGAGGCACAACUCUGCCUAGAACGAAGACAAAGGAGGAUAUUCGAGAUAUGGGAUUCGACGAGUAAAUGUUCACUUCACGACGACCGUACUCACUUUUUGGCCCGCUUAAGCCGACUUAUGAUCUCGCAUUUCUAUGAUGACCUUCCUGACUACAUCAACGGGAAUUCCCCCGAAGUCAAAGAUCUUUACAGGUUUCUCGCCGACCUGGCAAAACGAGGCUUUGCGAGGCUUCUUGACAUCAUACUCACGCCAGAGACCACCUCGACCCUCCAGGAAAGAAGUGAGACGAGCAUUGCUUCGCUGGUACGUGUUGCAUGCGAAUCGGAAGAGCCGAACAUGCCUGUGAUCCGAGUUUUGCUAUCAAAGGUCGUUCGACUGGAAAGUGUGAAGGAAUCAGAGGGUAGUUUUCUGCACGUCCUAUCUCGAGGCGGUCAUCACCCUUGGUGGCAUAUUGGCCAGGCACUGCCAUACUUACUGAAGCAAGGUGUGAACCUGGAGGUCAGAGACAAAGACGGACUGACGCCCCUCAACGCGAGUCUUGAGAACAUGGAGAAACCUGAAUGGAGUGGUAAAGCUACGGAGAUGCUACUUCAGGCAGGCGCAGAUCCAAGCAGCGUGGACGAUGCAGGCAACUCUUGUCUAUCUCGUGCUGUUGAUAAAAAAAGACUGUUCAAGUUGCUAGUUCAGCAUGGGGCCACUGCUGACCAUCCAGAGCUGCGUGCGGCAAUCCUGGCCAAAGACGUUGAUCUGGCGGAGUUGAUAUUAGCCUCUGGUGUAGAUCCAAAUGGUCGCCCGACGCCUUCGUCAGAUAAUGUGAAAGUGCGACUGGACUUGAGAAUGUGUACUUUCUGCCCUUCAGACGAGCUUUACCCCUUGAAUCUUGUGAUUAGUAUUAUUCGCAGGCGUGAUGGCGACACCGAAGUUUGCAUGCAGAUGGUGGAGUUAUUACUCAAGUUUGGUGCUGAUCCAAACGCUCGUUUCCAUCACACGACAAUUGCUCAUCGAACGCUCGAGCAAAAGGUUUACAACCCCAUUACUGGACGCGAAGAACGGAGCAACUUCAUCGACAUUAUUUUGCAGCAUCCCAGUCUGGAUGUAGACUUGAGGAAUACCGCUGGUGUUCCUCUGCUUCAUGUGGCUGUAAAGGUUGGCGAUGAAAUGGCAAUUCGAACAUUGAUCAAGAGAGGUGCCGACGUUCGCUCAACAGAUAACCUUGGUCAGAAUGUCUUGCACCUCAGCUCUUCUGUCCUUUACAGCAAGAGCCUGUUCGAUGAUAUCGUAGCUCUAGCACCGGAGCUUCUACGACAGGCUGACAACGAUGGCAAAACUCCACUACAUUCUGCCAUGGGUAGUCGAGAUCAGUAUGGACGUCUGGGAAAUGUACGAGAAGGUGCCGAGACAUUUAUUGAAAUGCUUAUAGCUGCAGGAGCCGACACUUGUGCAAAGAGUGAAAAUGGGGAUACGCCACUUCACUUACUUUUCCUGAGUCCAUGGAUUUUGUCCGUGGAUGAAGACGAUGUUGAAGCCUGGCAAGGGCCUGUGAAGAUAAUCAUGGACUUGCUUCUAUCGAAUGGUGCGGAUAUCAAUGCAAGAAACGAAGCAGGCGAGACCCCAAUCUUCACCUACCUCCGCGAGGGCGAUUUCAAGGUUGAGAUAACCAGAGCCUAUUUCAACAAGCACAAUCCUGAUUUGGUUCCACGGCAUAGUUUCCAAAGUAGUGAGCCCUGGAGUGCUAUUGAAAGGCGUUUCGCCGUGGAAAAGGAAUCGAUGCUAUGGGCGCUCUUGGAAAAGGCGGGCGUGGACUGGACUGCUGUCGAUGCAAGGGGGCAGUUUCUACUUCAUGUCGUUGCGGGGCGGGAGGUUUAUGCAUAUUCAAGGACUAGAGAAGAUCCCAUUUCACCGAGAGUGGUUAGGUUUAGGUUUCUGAUGGGGAAAGGGUUGGAUCCAUUGGCGGAGGAUGGAUAUCAUCGGACGGCGUUGGAUGUUGCGGCUGUGAACAGCGCUGAUGAUAUCUUGGAGCUGUUCAAAGCAGAGUAGAGGGACUGGCCAUUCUAGUAAUCGAGCUAUUGGAUAAAUGUUCCCUAUUGACUCAUGUCUAAACAGGUGAAGCAAUAGCAUGAAAAUAGUCGAUGAGUGAGCAAUCACAAACCCCCCUGGCUUUAUUCUUAGGUGACGGGUUGCGGUACUUAGAAGGCAAAGCCAGAUCAUAAUAAC